AUGUCCAACGAUCUAGGGAAAGCCCUGGAGCACGCUGGUGGUACGGGGAAACAGCGCGAAGGUAUCGGGAUCAAUACCUUCCUUGCAUCAUUGGGUACUGCGAUCGUGAUUUUCGCAGUUGAAUUUCUAUUGUUUUUGCUUCUCAAGGGAAAGCUUACUCGCAUCUACCAACCAAGAACCUACCUCGUCCCUGAUAGGGAACGUACCGCGCCCUCCCCGCCUGGAUUUUUUCGAUGGGUCGGCCCUGUGUUUCGUACCUCCAGUUCUGAGUUCAUUCAAAAAUGUGGUCUCGACGCCUAUUUCUUCCUGCGAUACCUACGAAUGCUCCUGAAAAUAUUCGUACCGCUAGGAUGCCUUCUACUACCGACUCUUCUACCUCUGAAUAAAGUGAACGGGAAGAACCAGAGUUACAAAAAUGGGACCGCAAGUGGAGGCCAAUGGAACGUCAGCGGUCUCGACCAACUAGCCUGGGGAAAUGUCACCCCUGAAAAUACGAGUCGCUACUGGGGCCACCUCAUUAUGGCUUUCAUAGCUAUCGUGUACGUAUGCGCCGUGUUCUUCGAUGAACUCAGAGGGUACAUUCGCCUUCGACAGGCUUAUUUGACUUCCCCGCAACAUCGGCUUCGCGCAUCUGCGACAACCGUGCUAGUGACUGCUAUCCCUGAAAGCUGGCUUACGGUGGAAGCCCUCGAUUCGCUGUUUGACGUAUUCCCUGGAGGUAUCCGCAACAUUUGGAUCAACCGAAACUACGACGAUCUCAACGAGAAGGUGAAAGAAAGGGAUGAAUUGGCUCUAAAGCUCGAAUCUGCUGAGACCGACUUGAUUGUAAAAUGUAAGAAGGCACAAUUGAAGCAGGCGAAAGUUGAAGCCAAAAAGGCUGGCAAGGACGCUAAGGUGGUCGGCAAGCAAGAAAAGCAGGUGGCCGAUAGGAAAGCUUCUCAGCUAGCGAUGGAUGCUGGUGUUAGUUCAGGUGACCCACAUCAAGCCCAUACGCUCAAUCAAGUACUUCACCGUCGCGGCGGCUCCAAAAAAGAGCAGGAUGAACAAGGGCAUUGGAACCCUUUUGAUCCGGCCAUCGAGGCUGCCGAAGCGGUCGGCCAAGGAGUGGGAAAGCUGGGGAAAUCUGUUCUGGGUGGCCUCAAGAAGGUCGAGGACGGAAUUGAUGGAACCCUAACUCGUACCGGAGGCUUUGUUCCUGAAGACAACCCACAUGAGACGGCUGGAGAGCGGGGACGGUUUUCUGGUGGCAAUGGGCCGCGCGAGUCUCUCUCGUUGAACGCAAAGCCCAGAGAGGCUGGCCAAGAGAAUGGUUCGAAUCACAAAAGCCCGAGGAAUCAAAGCCCCAGUGCUGCGGGCCUAGGCUCAUCCUCUCAACCAAAAAGGCCUUUCUGGAAAAGUCGAGGUUCAAGCAAUUCUAAAACUAGCAGCAAGACUGAACCAGACGAGCUUCCUUUGACCGGCCCCGAAAGCCCCGUCGACGCGGAGGAAACACUCGACUCUGACCCCAAUAUCCUGCCGACAGGAAGAGAGGACAGUAAAGCCAAUAAAUCCGGGGGUCGCCUGGAAGGAGAAAAGGUGGACGGGGAAGAGUAUCCAAUCGCUUACAACGAAGAUUUCGACAACGAAGACUUUGGAGAGCCAUUGUGGAAGAAGUACAUCAAAGACAAAGAUCGCGACACCAUGCGAUUGCCAAUCUUUGGUUGGAAAUGGAUGCCAUCUAUUUGGCUUAUCGGAAAGAAGGUCGACACCAUUGAUCACUGCCGCAAAGGAGUGGCGCGACUGAACCUAGAAAUCGAGAUUGAUCAGCAACACCCGGAGAAAUUCCCGCUGAUGAACUCUGCGUUUAUUCAAUUCAACCACCAGGUGGCAGCACAUAUGGCUUGCCAGGCGGUCAGCCACCACGUCCCCAAACAAAUGGCCCCUCGCAUCGUGGAAAUUUCGCCCGACGACGUCAUAUGGGACAACAUGUCAAUCAAAUGGUGGGAACGCUACCUCCGUACAUUCGGGGUUUUCGCUCUUGUCUGCGCCAUGGUGAUCGGGUGGGCGUUCCCUGUAGCUUUCACGGGAUUGCUUUCACAGCUAUCGUACCUGGAGGAUGCUUUCACCUGGUUAUCGUGGAUUUCGAAACUGCCAGAAUGGUUUGUCUCUGCCGUACAGGGUAUCCUACCGGCACUGUUUUUGGCCAUCCUUAUGGCCAUAUUGCCUUUGAUCCUCCGUUUUCUUUGCCGAACUCAAGGUCUUCACACUGGCAUGGCCGUGGAACUCACCGUCCAGCAUUACUAUUUCGCCUUCCUGUUCGUGCAACUUUUCCUGGUUGUGGCCAUUUCGUCUAGUUUUUCCACUAUCAUCAACAACGUCACCAACGUCACCAGCUGGCCGGAACUCUUAGCACAAAAUAUUCCCUCGUCCAGCAACUACUUCUUCUCGUACAUGAUUCUGCAAGCCAUGUCAGUGAGUGCUGGUGCUCUGGUUCAGAUUGUGAAUCUUGUCAGCUGGUUCAUCCUUGCUCCUUUUCUCGACACGACUGCAAGGAAGAAGUGGGCGCGAACUACUAAUUUGAACCAAAUGCAAUGGGGUACCUUCUUUCCCGUUUACACUACUUUGGCGUCAAUCGGGCUGAUCUAUUGCGUCAUUUCACCACUCAUUCUUAUCUUCAACAUCCUUACAUUCGGUCUCUUCUGGUUCGUUUAUCGGUACAAUACCCUUUAUGUCACCAAAUUUCGCUUCGAUACUGGCGGGUUACUUUUCCCUCAGGCCAUCAAUCAGCUAUUCACAGGAUUAUACGUUAUGGAAGUCAGCUUGAUCGGACUGUUCUUCUUAGUCCGUGAUGUGCAGGGCUCUGUUGCCUGCAAAGGUCAAGCAAUCUUCAUGAUUGUGGUGCUCGUUCUCACGGCAGGGUAUCAGAUUUUGUUGAAUGAGGCAUUUGGCCCUUUGAUUCGUUACCUUCCCAUCACUCUAGAAGACGAUGCCGUCCGCCGCGAUGAGGAAUUUGCACGCGCCCAAAGGGCAAGAUUAGGCUUGCCAAGUGAUGACGAGGAAGAUGAUACAGUUGAGCACCAACUCGCGGAGAACGAGCGCCGGGAACGCCAGGCUGAUAGGGCAUCUCACGACAUCGAGUUGAAGCAAAUCGAAGCCAACAAAGAAGAGCAGAAACACAAGCAUACGACAAAGCGCCCUGGGAUGGCGCCCAAACGUUCAUCGUGGGCCAAUUCACCCUCAAAAGGCCGGUCAACAUACUUUGGUGGCAGGUCCGACGCCUCUGUUCCCAGUGUACAACGCAUGCGGGAGAAAAUCGCCGAGGACGCCGAGAACCAGGGCCCCCCUGCCCGCAACAUUGGCCAGGGAAUAUUUGCUGGUAUCCAUGACGAAUUAGAAGAUCUAACUCCAGAGGAGCGCGAUCAGCUGGUCCAGCGCGCUUUCCAACAUGAUGCUCUCCGGGCCAAACGCCCAGUGGUCUGGAUCCCGCGAGACGAUAUCGGUGUCAGCGACGACGAAGUUUACCGUACCCAGCGAUUCAGCAAACACAUCUGGAUCAGUAACGAGUAUCAAGCCUUGGAUGGCAAGUGCCGCACUAUCUUCAGUCGUAGUCCUCCGGACUUCUCUCAGGUGGAUCUGAUUCAACUGUAA